CAAGGUCAGUCCGAAGCAAAGCCAUGCACACAGGCAGCUCUUCUCUACCACCGCUGCACUCCUUGCCUGCUUCUCUCUAACAUGCAGUGGCUGCUUAUAAUUACUAGCAUUAUUCCUGUUCUAAUUAGCGAAGCCGGCCAACAGAGAUCUACUUAGCUUUUUCGGGAGGUUUCAGGAGGGGUUGAGGACGGGGAUUUUUUCUACUUUUUUUUUUUUUUUGGUGUGUGUGUGUGUGCGGCGUGCCUUGCAGUACGUGCCUGGAUAGUUUCUGGAUAUAAUUAUUGACUGGUGACUGGGCUGUUGCAGUGUAUGUGGGGGGAAGAGAAAGGGAUACAGGAGAAAAGAAAUCGCCCCCCACCCCAGUCUACCUACCCCCCACGUUUUUUCCCUUUGGUGGUGGUUCGGACAUCUCCUCUCUUGAAUGAACUGGAAUUGGUUUCGGUGUGAGGAUGAUGGUUGCCGUUACUUUGUGAUGAGAUCGGGGAUGAAUUGUUCGGUUUAAAAAUGCUGCUUUGGAUUCUGUUGCUGGAGACGUCUCUUUGUUUUGCUGCUGGAAACGUUACAGGGGACGUUUGCAAAGAGAAGAUCUGUUCCUGCAACGAGAUAGAAGGGGAUUUGCACGUAGACUGUGAGAAAAAGGGGUUUACCAGCCUGCAACAUUUCAGCGCCCCAACUUCCCAGUUUUACCAUUUAUUCUUGCAUGGAAAUUCCCUGACUCGACUUUUCCCUAAUGAGUUUGCUAACUUUUACAAUGCAGUCAGUUUGCACAUGGAAAACAACGGUUUGCAUGAAAUUGUUCCUGGGGCUUUUCUUGGGCUGCAGCUGGUAAAACGUUUGCAUAUAAACAACAAUAAGAUAAAAUCGUUCAGGAAGCAGACUUUCCUGGGGCUGGACGAUCUGGAAUAUCUCCAGGCAGAUUUUAAUUUAUUAAGGGAUAUUGACCCGGGAGCAUUUAGGGAUUUAAACAAGCUGGAGGUGCUGAUUUUAAAUGACAACCUCAUCAGCACCUUACCUGCCAACGUGUUUCAGUAUGUGCCGAUCACCCACCUCGACCUUCGGGGAAACCGACUUAAAACCUUGCCUUAUGAGGAGGUCCUGGAGCAGAUCCCAGGCAUUGCUGAAAUUCUGCUGGAAGAUAACCCCUGGGACUGCACUUGUGAUCUGCUAUCCCUGAAGGAGUGGCUGGAAAACAUACCCAAAAACGCUUUGAUCGGCAGAGUCAUUUGUGAAGCUCCUACUAGGUUGCAGGGCAAAGAUUUGAAUGAGACCACAGAGCAAGAGCUGUGCAGGAAAAACAGAGUGGAUUCUAGUCUAGCUGCUCCCCCUGCCGAAGAGGAAACCUGUGAUCCUGGUCCCAUUCCAACCCCCUUUAAAAUACAUGGCAAAGAAGAUCCUGCCACUCCCGGAUCUGCUCCAAACGGAGGUACAAAGAUCCCAGUCAACUGGCAAAUCAAGACCCGGCCCACUGCUGCAAGCUCGACAAUUAGCGUGAAAAACAAGCUACCGACUAGCAUGCCCUGUCCGGAGAUUUGUAGCUGCGAUCAGAUCCCUGGCUCGGGUUUAAAGGUUAAUUGCAACGAAAGAAAUGUGAGCAGUUUGGUAGCUUUGAAACCCAAGCCGUCCAAUGUGCAGGAGCUGUUUCUGAGAGACAACAAAAUACAUACAAUCAGGAAAUCCCACUUUCUGGAUUACCGGAAACUUAACCUAUUGGAUUUGGGGAACAAUAACAUCGCUACUGUGGAGAACAACACCUUCAAGAAUCUCUUCGAGCUCAGGUGGCUCUACAUGGAUAGCAACUACUUGGACACCCUGUCCCGCGAGAAAUUCACCGGGCUGCAAAACCUAGAGUAUCUGAAUGUGGAGUUUAAUGAGAUCCAGUUGAUUCAGCCCGGCACCUUCAAUGCAAUGCCCAAGCUCCGAGUCCUAAUCCUCAACAACAACCUGCUGAGGUCCCUCCCUGUCGAUGUGUUCGCCGGGGUCUCGCUUUCCAAGCUGAGUAUACACAAUAACUAUUUCAUGUACCUCCCGGUGGCGGGGGUAUUGGACCAGCUCACGUCCAUCACCCAGAUAGAUCUGCAUGGCAACCCGUGGGACUGUUCGUGCCCGAUUGUGCCUUUCAAACAGUGGGCAGAGAUGCUGCGCCCCAAGGUGGUCAUGAGCGAUCUGAGGUGUGAAUCCCCAGAGGAUUUCUUUAAGGAGGAUUUCGAGUCCCUCUCCAACGACGUGAUUUGCCCGCAACUCAAAAUCUCGCCCACCUUCACUUCCAAUCACAAAAACAGCACCGGGUUGGCAGAGACAGGGACUCACGCCAACUCCUACCUAGAGACCAGCCGGGUCUCCAUUUCGGUGCUGGUCCCAGGACUCCUGCUGGUGUUUGUCACCUCCGCCUUCACAGUAGUUGGCAUGCUCGUGUUCAUCCUGAGGAACAGAAAGCGCUCCAAGCGGAGGGACGCCAACUCAUCUGCAUCUGAAAUCAAUUCCUUACAGACAGUCUGCGAUUCUUCUUACUGGCACAACGGACCCUACAAUGCAGAUGGAGCCCAUAGAGUUUAUGACUGUGGCUCUCAUUCUCUAUCAGACUAAGAGCUGGGGUCGGACAGGGGGAAAACAAAAAAGUAGGAAGCCAAUUCAAUUUCGCAGCGAGCAACCCAGUGGUUAAAGAAUCCCUGAUUUGAGCAUUGCUGUCUCGUCUGCUAACGUCACUGCUAAAUAACGAUAAGGGACGGUUCUUAACCUAAACUACCUUCUGUGAAAAUAACACACACACACACACACACAAACAAAGCAAAAACUGUGGCGUAUUUCAGUGAGCGAAGGCCGGUUUUUUGUUUUUUUUCAACGCACCCUUUAAGGGUAGCCGCACUGAGGCGGUGCUUCGUGCAUCUGACUGUGCAUUGCCUUAGUUUGCAAUGGAAAGCAAGGAUCGACUUGGUUAAAGUCUUGCAGGGGUACCAUUGUUUUGUGGAUUAGCCCCGUGUGGAUGGGGGGAGGGGAGGACGGGAGGGAUCUGGUCGGUGGCCUCCUCCCCUUGAUAACGAAGCAGGAGUGAAACGCUGCACGAAGGCAUGAAUGUAUUUGUAAAUAAACGACUGAUUAAAACAAACAAACAAAAAGUGCUGCAUGGCUCGCAUGGAUACAACGCACCCCAAGGACGCUCCUCCAGCACACAACUGGAAACAGCGUCUAGUUCACACCACCAUCCCUCUUACCUGAUAAGUCCCAUCGUAUCAAACUUUCUAUAUACAAAAUACAGUAUAAUAAUAAAAAAGUGCCAUUUCGCCAUAUUUUGUGUGAUCGAUAGGCAGUAGAUAGAGAUCGUACUUUUACUGUGGAAACAAACAAAUGUAAAGAUUUUAUUUAAGACAUAUUUGCAUGGAUAUGCUCAUUGGUUCAUUUUCUGAGUUGGGGGAGGGGAUUUACUUUGCUGGGUGAAGUUUUCUUUGGUUCGGUUACCGCUUUUUCUUUCUAAAUCUACAUAUUCAACAAUGCCUUUCCAUCUGAAUGUAAAAGUUAGUACCCUUGGUUUCUAUUAUGGUAACCGUGUAAACAUUCAAACAAAAACAAAAACAAAAUCCGAGGCAGUUAAGCAUGACCAAUUAAUGUCACUCUAGUGCUCAGGCUGCAAAGUUUAAUGGUAGACAAUUCUGUGCUGUUGUAAAUCUUACUAUACCUUGAGGAAAUCAGAACUGAGGAAGCAAGUGAAACUUACUAAUUCUAUUCGAGGAUUUUAUAAUGGCAUAUUUUUUCAGUAUUAAAGUGAAAAUGUUUUCAACUCCG